AUGCGUGUAGCUAUGGACACGCUAGCGACAUGGCAGCACUCGCAAAUGAACGAUCGUGGGCGCAGGGGCAUCUACUGCACGCUCCUAACACCGGCGCCUGAUGUUUGCAUUACAGGAGUGCGACGGCAGCGGAUGUGGCGAGUAUCCCAGUGUUUUGGGCCCCGAUGCGUUGCGCAACUUGACUUGGGAGCCAGGGUUGCGGCAGCGAAAAUCGAAAUCAAAACUUGCAAAAUUGCCAUCUGCGAAGAAUCGUCAAACACUCAGGCACAGACAGGCCGGAGCGACGAAUUAUGCGGCAUGCCGGCACGCUUUUUAGCAGAGCGAAAUUCGUGUCAGCACCGCAGCUCCGAUGAAGUGGGCUCGCAUGGCAACGUCAUUCAAAAUCGAGACCCACACGAGACGAAUCUCGGACGGCUACUGCACUCGCAACACCAGUAA